CAAAGAUAUCAACCAGGGCCAACUUUCUUUCCAUAUACAACCUUCUUUCUGCUAAUUUUCUCGCGCCCGACCUUGACACACAGCCAAUACUAUCGCACCAUUUCUAUUCCACAAAUCGUCAACAACACACGGCAUCCUCUUUGAGAUAACAUGGGCUGGUUUUGGGCAGAUGCGCCGGUCGCCACGACACCGAGGAAUCCGCCCGUUGGACACCCGGCAACAGGGGGCUUUGAUGGGAGGACACCUCCGCCAGGAUGCCCCAUGCACCAAAAGACCGUCGAUGCGCUAAACCCUACGCCUAAACCCGCCGAACCGGUCGAUACCUCAACAUCCCCGCCCGCAUCUUGCCCUGUCAAACAUGACCGGGGCCCUCCUUCAUCAUGCCCUGUAGAUCACGGACAAGCAACAUCAGCCUCAAUCUCCCAGGGUCCCCAAUCAAAGUCGUUCCUGUCACAGCUGAACCCUCUCAACUACAUGUUCCGGGAAAUUUCCCAAGCGCCGGCGCCGAACCAGACCAUUGCCCUGCCCACCUCGCGGGAACCUUCCACGAUCCCCAGGGGCUCGGGUGACGGCAACUGGGAGUAUCCUUCGCCACAGCAGAUGUACAACGCCCUCCUGCGCAAAGGCCACACGGAUACCGACAUCACGGCAGUCGAGUCCAUGGUGGCCUGCCACAAUUUCCUAAACGAGGGAGCCUGGGCUGAGAUAGUGGCCUGGGAGGACCGCUUCGCUCAGGGUCUGGCCAAGGGCUUGAAGAUUUGCAGUCGCGGCGAGGAGAACGCUCCCGAGAUGGCCUACAGGGAGAAGGACGGCACGGAGAUCCCCCCGACACUCAACCGCUUCCAGGGCCGCCCCAAGGACAUGACACCCAAGGCGACCAUGAUGCAGGUCCUCGGCUGGAUGUAUCCGUCCAAGUUCCAAACGGAGCCGCCAUUCGACCGACAUGACUGGUAUGUCACGCGCAAGGUCGGCAACGAGAGCAAGGAAAUUCGCUACGUGAUCGACUACUACUCCGGCGAACCCGAACCCACUGGCGAACCUGUGUUCUAUCUCGAUGUUCGACCUGCCUUUACGCCUCUGGGCGCCGCGGAACGAUUUAUCAGAUGGGGGACGGACGUCUGGUGGAGGGCGUCCGGCGCUGAGGUUCGCGAAGCCGAGAAGUUGGGAAACGAACAGACGCAGUGACGAGGCGCAACUCUUCCUGGGGAUGAGCAACUAAGCCGGGCUGUAUGAUGAUUGACCGGGUGAUUGUUGCGCGUGUGAAUGGGAUCACGGUAUGGGCGACGUUUAACUCGGAUCGGGAAAAUGCCGCCCCGGUAUUAACGACAUCUCUUCUCUUCUUGUGGUGUCUUUUCUUCUUCUUCUUCUUCUUCCUUCCCCGUUCUUCAUACUAAUCAUGUAUCACUAUGAGGCCGAGAUGGCCUUAUGCCAGCCAGCCGAUCUAUACGACGCCAGGAAGAGCUCACCAUGC